UAAAGUUUAUUUUUUAUUUUUUUUUACCACAGACAAUAAUUUAGGCGUUAUUUACCACAACCAAGAUGGCCGCCAUAGUCAUUGACUGAAAGUACCGUUCUGUACUCCUCCCGUCUCUAUGGUUCCGCUUUGUGGCAGUGACGCAUGCGCGGUAGUGGCUUGCCGGGGACGCAUGCUGAUGAAAUAGUGCGGCGUGUGCUACAGGAAGGCACCAGGGGCCCAGACACCGAUCUGAUAGCGGAGAUCCGGGAAACGGCCGAUAGGACAAGAUGCCUGGGUUAAGCUGUCGGUUUUACCAGCACAAGUUUCCGGAAGUAGACGAUGUGGUCAUGGUUAACGUCCGCUCCAUCGCGGAGAUGGGGGCCUACGUCAGCCUCUUAGAAUACAACAACAUAGAGGGCAUGAUCCUCCUCAGCGAGCUCUCCAGGAGGCGUAUCCGAUCCAUCAACAAACUCAUCCGCAUCGGCAGGAACGAAUGCGUCGUGGUCAUCAGAGUCGAUAAAGACAAAGGAUAUAUUGAUUUGUCCAAAAGAAGAGUUUCACCUGAGGAAGCGCUAAAAUGUGAAGACAAGUUCACCAAGUCCAAAACCGUUUACAGCAUUUUGCGCCAUGUAGCAGAGGUGUUGGAAUACACGAAGGAUGAACAGCUUGAUAGUUUAUUUCAGCGAACAGCCUGGGUGUUUGAUGAAAAAUACAAGAGGCCGGGAUACGGAGCCUAUGACGCCUUCAAGCAAGCUGUGUCGGACCCCUCUGUUUUGGACGGAUUGGAUUUGACAGAAGAAGAGAGGCGAGUUCUUAUUGACAAUAUCAACAGGCGCCUCACCCCACAAGCUGUGAAGAUCAGAGCAGAUAUUGAAGUUGCGUGCUAUGGAUAUGAAGGUAUUGAUGCCGUCAAAGAUGCCCUGAGAGCAGGACUUGGCUGUUCUACAGAAAAUAUGCCAAUAAAGAUAAAUCUGAUCGCACCGCCCCGGUAUGUGAUGACGACUACCACCCUGGAGAGGACGGAAGGCUUGUCUGUGCUGAACCAAGCAAUGUCCGUCAUCAAAGAGAGGAUUGAGGAGAAAAGAGGCGUCUUCAAUGUCCAGAUGGAGCCCAAGGUGGUCACAGACACGGACGAAACAGAACUCGCCAGACAGCUGGAGCGACUGGAGAAAGAGAACGCCGAGGUGGACGGAGACGACGAUGCCGACGAAAUGGAAGCCAAAGCGGAAGAUUAACCUCCCGAUGAAACCGCGCGAAACCUAAUUCCGAUUUCACAACAUCUACUCCAAAAAAAAAAAAAAAACUGGCCCAAAAAUUAAAAUAAAACAAUACAUAAUAAUCUGUAUAUUGCCCCCAAAUAUAACAUUUUUAUCCAGUGGUUCCUGUUCUAACUCUUUAACUCUGGUCUGUGCGCAAAAAAAAAAGACAUAUCUGUUAAACAUGUGGGUUCAUGGCGGCGUUUUAUAUUCCGAAACCUCCGCUGGACUUUUAAUGGCCUUACCGCGCUUUUCAUAGGCGUCGGAGCGCGAGCUCUAUAUGCUCCGGUGCCACGUUUAUUUAGGGCACAUCUCUUUUUUUGGUUACGGGCAAGUAGUCACCGGUGUAGUGUCAGAAGACUCUUCCAUUUAUGUACAGCACAGCAGGUUGCAGAACUACAACUCCCAUCAUGCCCUGACAGCCGAAGGCUGUCAGGGCAUGAUGGGAGUUGUAGUUCUGCAACAACAGCGGAGACUAGAGAUGAGCGA